UCUGCAUGAGGUUGUCUUCAGAGUUGCAAUAAUAUCGAGGCUUCGCCCUCUGACAUUCUGACUCGAAGCCCAUUCCAGGCCUUGAAACUCAUCACAGUUUCUAAUCGUUUACGUACAAUGGCAUCGAGGAUCAGCAGUGACAUCAAUCAAGAUGUGUAUCUGGAUAUAGCGAUGGCUUUGUGGUCAUGGGAUCUGUCUCAGCCCUGCAAUGAACGACGACCUCAUGCCUGUAUCCAUCAACGCUGUAUCGGUGGUCGCAUUCCUCAGCUUCAGCGAUAUUUUGCGUACUACAAAGCAAUUGUCUCGACUUACAUGGAUGCAACUUCUGCGACAACCAGAAGAAUAAAAACGCAUGGGGACCUUUUCCAUAUCAUUUCCAUAUUGAAAACGAAUCCAGACGCCACUCUGUUAGAGCUGUGCCGUUUGAUUGAUCAAAGCACAGGCUCACAGACGGCUGAUGGAACGAGAACAGUCGAUGCAGUGGCACUUGGUGUAAAGACUCUUUUGAUGGUCGACCCUUCAGCUCUGCAUCAUUCUUCUGACAGGCUUGAGAAAGGGACAUACCGAAUUCACUGGAAAGAGGACGUGCCUUUCAGCAAAUACAUACAAGACUCGUUUCCACUUGGCAAUCACAGCAUUCUUAGUUACGAUAAUAGCGAGUCGUUCGCAGACGUCAAGAAGGAGCUCAAGGCGGUCAACCUGAAGAAGCGACUAGGAAUCACUAUCAGGGCGACAUCAGAUAUUCGAAACCACCUGCACUUUGACAGAAAAAACAACUACCUCGAGGUUUAUCACUACACUUCUUUUCUAAAAGAACAGUUGAGAGUGACUCGGGAUGUUGGAGAUUGCUCCAGUCCGUCUUCAUCACUUAAGAGAGGAGUAUUACCACGCCAACUAGUCCUCGAAGUAUUGGACUCCUUACAAGGAACUCUGUUCCCGCUCUCAGAUCCAAGAUCUAAGAAGCUUCUCCGCUCACUCAUAUCAAAAUGCUCUUUCGAUCCAGACAUUCUCAACUUCGAAGUCAGUUCCGUCAGACGUGUGGGAGAAGAGAGUGUCCCAUAUGUCUAUCUAGCCGAUCGACUGGCAGACUUAUACAACGAGCUUCAAACUCCUCGACCUCGCGGUUGGUUUCAGCAGUCGAUGCAGAGAAAGAGCGGCGCCAGACAUGUUAUGCUGGCUACAUUGAUAGGAGUCAUCUUCGCUGUACUUCUGGGAAUAGCGUCGCUUGCUGUGAGUUCAUACCAGGCUUGGAUAGCAUAUCAAGCGUGGAAGCACCCAGUUCAACCAUCCUAGAGCUGUAGGCUUCGGGUAAGAAGCAUGACGGCCGGAGCAACUCCCGCUGCAGCAAUUCUCUCUGAUAUGAGUCAAGUCGGUGCUUCAGCUGUCACAUACGACCACAGCUCGUGGAGAACACGGGAUCCCUAGGUCUUUGCUUGGUACGUGUUUAUGGAAACUUAAUUGACCUAGCGCAAAGAGAUUAGAAUAAGGACAGGAUUGGUUCAUUAACCAUUACGGAAGUUUGGCGCUUGCGGGUGGAUUGAAGUUAGUUUGGAUAGCCUGGAGAACUUGGAAGCCUUAAUCGCCGCUAGUAAUCUACCGGUCUCUUCACUGACUAGUAUCUUGGCUUGUCACCCUACCUUGUUGCUAGUCGUGUCUGUAAUUAAGCUCUCAUCAACAGGUACGAAGCACAGACCUAGGGGUUGCUUGUUAACUGCGUGCCUCUAGAUUACUGGUAUCACAAUGUUAACAGUAUCGCACACCUUGUGUGGCAACCUCAUACGUAACAUCCUGACUUUACAAUUAACUGAAAACAAGUAACUAGACAAAGC